GUAUCAUUCAUUCAUACAAUAUAUACGAAAUUACAUUAGCUCAUUGCUCGAGAAAGUACUAUUGACCAAUUCUCUCUCUAUCUUCUCUCUAUAGAUCUAUAGAAACAAAUAGAAUGCAGGUAGUUCCGACCGCCGGCGCCGGGCCGACAGUGGCCAUGGUAGUAGUGUUGGUAUUAAUCUUACUAUCUAGCUCGAGCAGCGAAGCAAACAAUGUGACGAAAAUACUCGACAAAUUCCCUCAAUUCUCCACCUUCAAUCACUACCUGACCGUCACUCACCUCGCCGAUGAUAUCAACGACCGACAGACAAUCACGGUCUGCGCCGUCGACAACGCCGCCAUGUCAGAUCUUCUAGCCAAACACCUCUCAAUCGAUUCUAUCAAAAACGUUCUCUCUUUUCACGUCAUCCUAGAUUACUUCGGCGCAGAAAAGCUCCAUAAAAUCACAAACAGCACUGUCCUCUCCGCCACCAUGUUUCAAGCCACCGGUUCUGCUUCUGGCUCGUCCGGAUUCGUCAACAUAACCGAUCUCAAGGGAGGAAAGGUCGCAUUUUCCCCUGAGGGUAAUGAUAUAUCCGCGUUCUACGUCAAGAUUUUACAGGAGAUUCCAUAUAAUAUUUCCGUUAUUCAGAUCAGUAAUAUCCUGACUUCCCCUGAAGCCGAAGCGCCUACCCCGGCUCCAACCCAGAUCAAUCUCACUUCGGUUAUGUCGGCUCACGGUUGCAAGGCCUUCGCCGACGCACUUAUCGCCGAACCCGAUGCCGAGAAGAUGUUCGCCGACAAUAUCGAAGGCGGUUUGACGGUUUUCUGUCCAGCCGACGAUGCUUUCAAGAAUUUCUUACCCAAAUACCAUAAUUUAUCUGAAGAUCACAAACAGUCAUUGCUUGAAUUCCACGGCGUUCCUGUUUUUCUCACGAUGCCUAACAUAAAAUCCGACAACGGACUCAUGAACACGCUUGCCACGGAUGGAGCAAACAAAUUUGAUUUCGAGGUGCAGAAUGUCGGUCAGGACGUGACGUUGAAGACGAAGGUUGUGACCGCGAAGAUAACCGGAACUUUGGUUCAGAAAAGGCCGCUGGCGAUUUACACCAUCAACAAAGUUCUGCAACCGAUGGAGCUCUUUAAUGUUACUUUGUCUCCGGCGCCGGCGCCGGAACCCGUGGCGGAGGCGCCGAAGAAAGCAAAGAAGGGGAAAAAUAAGUCACCGCCGGCGACGGAUUCACCUGCCGCUUCCCCAGAUGAAGAUCCGGCCGAUCAGACGGCGGAUAAGAACGUUGCUGCUGUUCGAUCAUUUGGCGGUGUAAGAUUUAUUGCAGGGAUUUUGGGUCUGUGGUUGGCCAAUUUAUCAUUAUAUAUAUAAUUUAUGAAUUUUGUUUUUUUCAUUUAUUAUUUCAGUCUUUUUAUUUGUAAGCUUAAAAAAACAACACUCUUUAUAGCUUGUGCUACCAUAUUUCUUAUUUUGUUUU